AUGGGCCGAUCUAUCAUAGCUGAUGAGGCUGUGGAAGCUUAUAUCAAUAAACUUGUGAAAACAAACAAGUGGUUUGUAGGAGUGAUUAUUGGUCAGUUGAGUCUUCAAAGAGAUUAUGUGGUCCACGUUGCCAGGACACCAGAUCCUGUAGAAAACGAAGUCAGUGAAGAGAAUGGGGAGAAUGAUACCGGCGAUAAUAUUCAGAAUGCCAAAAAGAAACCUUCAUUGGAACACCCGUCAUCACUGGAACAGCUGGAUGGCAAGUGGGUUUCCACUCACGCCAAGCAGGUUUCACGAAUGCUGCCAGGGGGACUUAGUGUUGUAGGGCUUUUUGCCAUUGCUCCGUCUGCUAUGUUGAAAAAUGCUCAAGGCAAGUUGAAACAGAUGCUGUUUGCAGUCCAUAAACAGCUGAGCAGAAAUAACAUCCUGACACCUUCAAAUGAAAUCACAGACAGAAUACUUCUUCAGAUGGACACAUCCACAAAAAAGUUGAGUUGUGUGACUCUGGAUGUGGCCGACAUAAAGAGUGUACUGAGACCAGCUGAAUGGAAAUUCCAGUCUGGUGGCUGUAAGUGGGUGCAGCUGAACUCCCACAUUACCCUAGAUAUUCCGAUGGCUGUCCCAACAGACAGCAAAGCCCAGACCUUACUUAAACAAAUACAGAAUGGUCUUGCAGACUUCAGUAGCUCUAUACAGAGAAGUAUAGUGGCCAUAGAAGGGACAGUUCGUGACCCUUCAGACCCUCUCGUAUCGCAAGUAGAAAAGAAAGGCAAAGCGACCAAGGGAGGGAAUCCAACUUCAAACACCAGCUUGUCUCAGGACGUCAGCAUUUUUUUACCAUUUGUCUACUCUGAUGUUCACAAGGAUCCAGUUGUGUCUACAUCCCAGGCCACAAUAAACAUGAUGGGGACGGUUGUUGUGAGGGCCUAUGUGUCUACCCGGGCAACAGUAGCCGAGGCUGUAGAGGCCAUCAAGGUGGACAUCAUCAGAAGCCUGAUGUCUCGCUGCGAACUGCUGUGUGAGGAGUUUGACGUGACCGAAGAGAAGCAAGGCAGCGAGAUUUACGAUCCCCCCGUCAGGCUGUUCUGCCAGCUGCCUCACUGCGGUGUGGACGUGUGUGACUAUGUGUUUCAAGAUGAGAAGCAGGAGGAGGUCAAGCAGAGGAUCCAGGAGUUGCUUGAUGUGGAUGUUGAUGAGCUUGAGGAGUCUGAAAAGAGUGCAGCUGAUGAUGACACUUGGAGUCGCCAAUCUUCUUUGUCCUGCAUGAGCAGCCAUCAGUCUCUAGUGCCGUCGCAGCCCGAUAAGAAGAAUAUGUUGAAAGCUUAUGUUGGUGCUGCUGUGGGAGGCAUUGUGGCGCUAGCUGCCACAUGGCUGUCCUAUACUUACAUGAAUGAUGAAUGA